AUGGCGAGCGCGGGGGCCUCUCGAGCGCACUCUGCGUGCUCCUGCCCCCAGGCCGGGCGCCUCCACCUGCCCAGAGCCCUCUCAUGGCAGCGCCCCGAGAAGCCCCCCCCUCGCUGCCUCCAGUCGAAGGCAUUGAACCCAUCAGCGACGCUCAGCAGCGACACGGCUCGCGAUGGCAGGCGCCAUGGCCGCUGCGGCAGCGCCCUGCAGGAGGGAAGCGUGGCGGAGGCGGCGGAGGAUGGGCCAGGGGCCCCGCCGGCCGUGUCGACGUCCAGCGAGUGGGAAGUGGACUUCUGCUCGCGGCCGCUGCUGGACGAGCGGGGCAAGAAGGUGUGGGAGCUGCUGGUGUGCAGCGCCGACCGCAGCUUCCAGCACUCGGAGUACUUUCCCAACAACAAGAUCAACAGCGGGGAGCUGCGGAAGGCCUUUGAGCGGAUUCUGUCGAGGGAGGGCUCCGUCGUGCCGCUGAAGGCCAGGUACUUCCGCGGCCAAAUGAAGACGAUCAUCUCGAGGGCAUUGGGAGACAUGGGGAUUGAUGCGGUGCCCAGUCGGCGAUGCUUUGCUGUCAUGGGCUGGCUCCAAGAGAGACAGGAAACAGUGUACAAGAAUGACCCGCGAUACAGUGAAAAAGCUCAGACCCUAUUCACCUUCGACUUGGCAGCCCCUGAGGCACUUCCAGAUGCUUACCAUGCUGAGGCAUGGAACUUUGUGCAGCUGCCCCUUGGCACUUUGCUUGGGGAAAUGAAGGAGGUUGAAGAGAAGAAUUACUUUGGUGCCACACUGUCGUUGAAUGAUGUUGGUCUUGCUGGGCUUCCUAAGGAAACCAUGAUACCAGGCGUCUCUUUGUAUAGCCAACGAGCUGAGCCGCUUGCAGCAUGGAUGAAUGGCUUGGAGAUCGCCACAGUGUGUGCAGACACCGACCGAGCUUGCCUGAUUCUGGACACUGGCGUGAACGAACGGUACGUAUAUGCAGCAUACGCCCGGUCAGAAGGCACCACUGCUGAGGCACUUGCCUGGGAGCAAGCCAAAGAGGAGGCAAGGGGCCUUCACUUCUUGGCUGUCCAGUCUGAUCCUGAUGCCGAAGUUUGCUCUGGACUGUGGCUGCUGCUACAACGUGACAUGCCAAAUUAG